AUGGGUGUUGCUGAAACCAUUCAUGGUUGGUUUGUAAAGCCCCGAGUAUUGGAACCAAGAACGGUUUACUUCAACCAAGAAUUACCACCUUCAGAGAUUGAUCAAAAGUCUCAUAGACCAUUGAAAAUAUAUGAUAAGAAUGAAAUUAGAACUACAAAAUAUACUCCAUUCUCCUUCAUUCCCAAAAAUUUGUUUUUCCAAUUCCAAAAUAUUGCAAAUGUUUAUUUCCUCUUCUUGAUUAUUUUAGGUGCUUUCCAAAUCUUUGGUGUUCAAAAUCCAGGUCUGGCUGCUGUUCCAUUAUGUGUCAUUGUUGUUGUUACAGCUAUUAAAGAUGCAUUUGAAGAUUCUAGAAGAACAAUAAGUGAUUUAGAGGUUAAUAAUAACCCAAUUUCAAUUUUACAAGGUGUUGAAAAUUACAAUGUUGAUGAGAAAAACAUCCCGUUCCGUUCAAAAUUAAGUAAUUUCAAUUCAUCAAUUUUCGUUUGGAUCUUGAACACAUUUGGUAAAUUGUUUAAAAAGAAACAAAUCAUUGAUACUUCAACUGAACCAAGAGGUUCUUUAGAAACUUACCAUUCAUCACUGAGACCAAGUCUUGAUAACACAAAUACAAAUGAUAUCCCAGCAGGAGUUGAUCAUAUUUUAAAUAAGAACCAAACUAAUGCAUCACAACCAAGGUUUAAGAAAAGUUAUUGGAAAAAUGUUAAAGUUGGUGAUAUUGUUAGAAUCCGUAAUAAUGAAGAAGCUCCAGCUGAUGUCAUUGUCCUAUCAAGUUCUGAUCCUGAUAAUAGAUGUUUUAUUGAAACUAAAAAUUUGGAUGGUGAAACCAAUUUGAAAUCUCGUCAAGGUUUGAAAUCUACUUCCCAACUAAAACAUGCUAGAGAUUUAGCACAAUGUAACUUCCAUAUCAAGAGUGAAGCACCAAGUAUGAACUUGUACAACUAUCAAGGUUCUCUAAAUUGGGAAGAUAAUGAAAAAAGUGAUUCUAGUGAUGAAACCAUCAAUAUCACCAACAUGUUGUUAAGAGGUUCAACUUUAAGAAAUACAAAAUGGGCCAUUGGUAUUGUGAUCUUCACAGGUCAUGAAACGAAAAUCAUGUUAAAUUCAGGUAUAACACCUUCCAAAAGAUCAAGAAUUUCUAAAGAGUUAAAUCUUUCAGUCUUGAUCAAUUUUGCAUUAUUAUUCAUCCUUUGUCUUGUUUCCGGUAUUGUUAAUGGUACUUUUUAUGAUCGGAAAGACACUUCAUUCAAAUUUUAUGAAUUCAAAGCUUAUGGUAGCACCCCUGCAGUGAAUGGUAUCAUUUCAUUCUUUGUUGCUGUUAUCUUGUAUCAAGCUUUAGUGCCAAUUUCGUUAUACAUCUCUGUGGAAAUUGUGAAAACUUUACAAGCUCUAUUCAUUUAUUGUGAUGUUAAUAUGUAUUACGAGAAAUUGGAUUAUCCAUGCACCCCAAAAUCUUGGAACAUUUCAGAUGAUUUAGGUCAAAUUGAAUAUAUUUUCAGUGAUAAAACAGGGACUUUAACUCAAAACGUUAUGGAGUUUAAAAAAGCUACAAUCAAUGGUAAAUCUUAUGGAUUAGCUUACACUGAGGCUCAAAUGGGGAUGGAUAAAAGAAAAGGAAUUGACGCAUCAUCUGAAGCUGUUAAAUGGAAAAAAGUUAUAGACGAGGAUAGGGACAAAAUGAUUCAAAUAUUGAAAGAAUCCCCAGAAAAUACUCAUUUUGAUCCUGAAAAAUUAACAUUUAUUUCAAGUGAAUAUUUGACAGAUUUGGAUAACAAGGAAGAUAAGGCACAGAGUGAAGCAAAUCAUCAUUUCAUGCUUUGUUUAUCAUUAUGUCAUACUGUCUUGACAGAACCAUUAAAAGAAAAUCCUGAUCAAUUUGAAUUCAAGGCAGAAUCACCAGAUGAAGCUGCAUUAGUCCAAGCUGCAAGUGAUGUUGGUUUCACUUUCAUUAAAAGAACGAGAUCUGGUGGGAUUGUUAAUAUUCAAGGAACUGAAAAAUCAUUUGAAAUAUUACAAAUUUUAGAAUUCAAUUCAACAAGGAAAAGAAUGAGUGUUAUCACUGAAUUAGAUGAUGAAAUUUUCUUGAUUUCCAAAGGUGCUGAUUCUGUUAUUUUUGCACGUCUUGAUCCUAAUGAAAAUGAUGAAGUUUUGUUAAACAAAACUGCUGAACAUCUUGAAGAAUAUGCUAGUGAAGGGCUGAGAACUUUAUGUAUCGCUGGUCGUAAACUUUCUAAACAAGAGUAUCAGGAAUGGAGUAAGCAAUAUGAUGCAGCAUCUUCAUCAAUGGAGGAUAGGGAUGAAAAAAUGGAGGAAUUGGCUAGUGAAAUUGAGUCAAAUUUAGUAUUGAUGGGUGGUACUGCUAUUGAAGAUCGUUUACAAAUUGGUGUUCCUGAAUCUAUUGAAACUUUAUCUAAAGCAGGUAUCAAAUUAUGGGUUUUAACAGGUGAUAAAAUUGAAACUGCUAUUAAUAUUGGGUUUUCAUGUAAUUUAUUAGGAAAUGAUAUGGAAUUAUUAGUGAUCCGUCCUGAUGAAGGGAAAGAUCCAAAACAAGAUAUGGAUUCUAAAUUAACUGAAUAUUUACAAAAAUUUAACGCAACAGGUUCAAUUGAAGAGUUGAAAAAGGCUAAAACUGAUCAUUCAAUCCCAGAAGGUCAAUAUGCAGUUAUUGUUGACGGUGCUGCGUUAUCUGCCAUUUUUGAAGAUGAAGAUUUACAAAGAAAGUUUUUGUUACUUUGUAAACAAUGUAAAUCUGUUUUAUGUUGUCGUGUGUCGCCAGCUCAAAAAGCUUCAGUUGUGAAAUUAGUUAGGGAUGCACUAGAUGUUAUGACAUUAUCUAUUGGUGAUGGUGCCAAUGAUGUUGCAAUGAUUCAAACAGCCAAUGUUGGUGUGGGUAUUGUUGGUGAGGAAGGUAGACAAGCUGCAAUGUCUUCAGAUUAUGCUAUUGGGCAAUUCAAAUUCUUAACAAGAUUGGUGUUGGUCCAUGGUAGGUGGUCUUAUAAACGUUUAGCUGAGAUGAUUCCUUCAUUUUUUUACAAAAAUAUUGCAUUCACAAUGACAUUGUUUUGGUAUGGUAUUUAUAAUGAUUAUGAUGGUUCUUAUCUUUUUGAAUAUACCUAUAUUAUGUUUUUCAACUUGGCAUUUACUUCAUUACCUGUUAUAUUUUUGGCUGUUUUAGAUCAAGAUGUUUCUGACAAGGUUUCUUUAAAAGUCCCGCAAUUAUACAUGAGUGGUAUUCUAAGAAAAGAAUGGUCUCAAUAUAAAUUUAUCUACUAUAUGAUUGAUGGUCUAUACCAAUCAGUCAUCACUUUUUUUUUCCCAUACUUGGUUUUCUAUAAAGGUGAUAUUGCAAGUUAUAAUGGAUUAAAUGUUGAUCAUAGAUUUUGGAUAGGUAUUUAUGUCUGUCAUAUUUCUGUCACCUCUUGUGAUAUUUAUAUUUUGUUGAGACAAUACAGAUGGGAUUGGCUGACUUUGUUGAUUAACUCUUUAUCUAUCUUAGUUGUGUUUUUCUGGUCCGGUGUUUGGUCUUCAUCAACUUUCUCUGGUGAAUUAUAUAAAGCAGCUGCACAAGUUUAUGGUCAAACUUCCUUCUGGGCAUGUUUCUUCGUCGGUGUUUUAGUUAAUGUCUUACCAAGAUUUGUCUUCACCACAUUAAACACUUUUUACAGACCAGGGGAUAUUGAUAUCAUUAGAGAAUGUGCAGUCAGAGGUGAUUUUGAAGAUACAGAUUCAAGUAAAGCUUCAUUAAGUGAUGAGGAAAAAGACAUUUCAUCAAAUAACAUGACUUCAACUCUAUCAAGAAUGUCAUUAGAUAGAGUGCAUACAACACAUGAGAUUCCAGGAUUGACUCAGGCACAUUCAUUAGUUAAAACAUUUACACAAGCAUCGUCUGUUAGAAAUGCUCAUGACUGA